GCCACAUCGGAUCUUGUUAUCAUUUCUUCAAAUUUUUCAAUCUUUCAUUGCCAACAAUUAAGAAAUUAAUUUAAGACAACUAUGGGCGAGGAAAAAAUUUCCAGUGAAAAUGUUGAAAAAACAGACGAAGAACAAAUUGUACUGCCUCAAACUGAGGCAACAAAGGUGUUUACUGUAGAGAUUUUGCACAUGAUUAAGGAAGCACAGCAACAGCACGGCUUGCGUCAUGGUGAUUAUCAACGUUACCGUGGAUAUUGCACCAGGCGUAUACGUCGUUUGCGCAAAGCAUUGGCAUUUCCCCAGGGAGAUAAGAGGCACUUCAAACGACGCGAUGUUACUUUGGCACAAGUAACUGGAAAACGAGCUGAUGAACGUUUUAUACAUAUUCCACUUAUAAGCGCAGAGCGCUCGUGGUCUUAUGCUAUGCAGUUAAAACAGGAGUCCAAUACGGAACCACGAAAACGCUUCCACCUUAUUAACAAGUUGAGAAAAGCUUGUAUCUAUGCAUUGCAGUUACAGGAAUUGUGUAAUUCAGAUGCAUUUGACGCACGAACUAAACUGGAAUGUGAGGCAUAUGUGGCCUGGAUGCACGGAACUCUCCAUUUUGAACUGCAGCUAUGGAAGACAGCUGGCGAACAAUUAAAACGUGCUCAGGUAGUCUAUGAGAACUUAGCCAAAGCUUUACCCGACGAUGAGCAGGAACUGUAUAGAGCAAAAGUAAAUGAGUUUACCCCAAAUUUGCGUUAUUGCGCUUACAAUAUCAGUGGAGGCCGUGCAGCUGGCGCUAAUAUGGACGAUUUACUUGAAUUUAGAGCUCAAGGAUUACUUGAAAACUUGGACGAUUUGGUAAACCAGACUAAAACGGAAAGUAGCGAAGGUUUACAGACAAUUGACUGGCGUGGCAGAAAGGUUACUGUGCGCCCCGAAAAAGUGCGAUUAUUUUUGCUCAGCGCACAGGAAUUAGACAAAAGCCUUGAAAAGACUUCAAAGAUUGUUGGCAAGAUUGAGCUCAUAGAGCGCACACUUAUGGAUUGCAAGGAUGCAAUACAAGCUGUAAAGGAAGAAAUUAAACAAGAUCCAAAAUUGCGAUCAUUAACUACAGGACAAACAGUUUCAGGUGUUCAAUACUUAUUGGCUUACCUUUCAUAUAUUCGUCAUAGUCGAACUUUGCAACGCAAUCUUUGUUUAGUAGACCAAGCAAAAUCUAAUUUUGAUGAUCCCAACCAGAAGUCUCAGAUAGGCGCAGGCGAAGGAAAGCGAGUGCGACCACAAGAUUUGACACGCUUAUACGAAAUUAUUCUCCAAAAUGUCACAGAAAUGCAACAAAUUACGGGAAUGGAGGAGGACCAAAAUUAUCAAUUGGAAGUUGAAAAUCUGGCGCUUACAUUUAAGGCAUUCCGCUGCUACUACAUCGCUCUAACCUUGGUUGACAUGAAGAAAUGGAAAGAAGCUGUAGCUCUAUAUGAACGCUCUUCUAAAUAUGCGUCAGAGGCUCUGAAGGGCAAAACUAAUGGCGAUUUUCAAUUGGACAAUGAUCUAAAGAAGCUUAUUUCGACGAUUGAUAGUUGCAAGUUUUCUGCCCACGCUUACAGUGUAUUGGAGGAAGACAACAAAGACGAUCCUAUUUUCACUUCCAAAUCACAAAAAUCAACGAAAUCGUUAUUUGAGCGUCUCUCCCAAUACAAAGAAGAUCAGUCGUUGCAUACAAAGAAUCCGAAUGUUUUUAAAAUGGUUCCAGAAAUGGAAGCCAUUCCCUGCAAACCACUGUUCUUUGAUUUGGCUUUAAAUUAUGUUGAAUUCCCAUCUUUGGAAGAUAAACUACAAUCUCCAGGAAAGAAGGGAAUAUCUGGUUUCGUUAAAGGGUUCCUAGGAUGGGGCGGCAACAAGUAAUUUAUUUUCAAAAAAAUUUGUAUUUCUAUGUACUUCCGUGUAUGCGCGGUAUAAUGGUGAAGUGAACAAAUAAAUAUAUUUACGAGUUUUUCAA